UUGUGAUUGUUCUAAAUAAAAAGAAAAUGGAAUUGCGCAGCCAGUCCUUCCACGCCCUAGUUAACCUGCUCAAAGACGCUGGUGUCUAUGAGGAAGGAAUGGCAUAUGACGAAGUUAAGCAGCUUGCGCAGGCGAUGCAAUUGUCCACCAUGGAACAAAUCGAGGAAAACGAGGAGUACCUGCAAUUCGAACGUGCCCGCUGUGCGAGCAUUGAGUCUUAUUCCUCUAUGGAGCUGCACCAAUCGACCAUGUUGCCUUCUGUGCUGAUGGCUGAGCCCGUGGCUGGUGAUGUGGCUAUUGAUGUCUCACAGCGCGAUUGCGAUAGUCCCCCUUGUGAGCCUGUUCAUAUGACUGUUCGUGCCAUAGUACAUCACCCCCUCGACUGGAGCCCUUCGGCCGAGCGUCAGACUUUACCCAAGCGCAGAGCUGACGGGAACAGCAACGCCAUCGGUUCGGAGGAGAAGCGUUUCCGAACCGACAACAACAACAACAACAAUCAGGCGCAGCAGCAACAACCGGCAGCUGCCGAGGUAGAUGUCACUCCAGCAUCAUUGGCAUCCGAGGAUUCGGGCGUCAGUUGGGAUGCGCUCAGUUCGGUCAACUCAAGCGCCUAUGACAGCAGCCUAGUGCCAUCCAUUGGCGAGAUGCCCAGUGGUCUGAUGGUCAGCACAAGCAGUGCCGCCGUAUCCGGUUCCUCGCGCAGCAAUAUCCACAAUAGCGAUAGCGAAAUCAAUUCCGAUUAAAUCCACGAAUCGGAUCCCAAUACCAUAGCAUCGUUAGUUUAUGAAUAAUCCCCAUGAAACAUGUAUUCAUUUUAUAAAUAUUUGUAAUGCUUGAGUCACGCUUCUUUCUCAUGUGGAAGAACGUUUGCCUCGGCUUUUUUCACCGCCUGUGUGCAGACAACGAGAUGCUCGGCGCCAGUUUAGUUUGCAGGCCCUCACCAUUUAAGUGUAAUGAAAUAUGUAUAUGCAUGCGCAUGGCUCGCUUGUUUGUUUAUUAAAGUUACACUACAUUGGUGCGUAAACAAUAA